AUGACCCCAGGAAAUGCAGGAAGAGGAGCGGAGAGUGAGCUGCAGAGGAAGGAAGUUGAUGAAGAAUGUGUCAUCGAGCUAGUGAUCCUGGGGACAACUGGAACUCAUUACCAUUGGGAAAGUGGGCUCCCCAGAAAUGGGCGACUUUUUCCAUUUCGGUGUAUUUUUAAGACUUUCCUACUGGCUGAAGGAGUCGACUUGGUCUUUGGGAAUGGUGGUGAGAUGUCAGCCCUGCGCUCUGCAGUCAGCAUGGCUUUUUCAGGGCCAUCCCUCUCGAUUCUGCUGUCCCUGCUCUGCCUUGACUCCGUGGGCUCCCAAGUUAGCCUUCAGCACGACAGCUUUCUGGGUUCUCUGUGGUACCAGCACCUCCACUUGGGCUCCAGCCAGCAGCAUCUCCCCACUGAGAACCUGGUGGACAGGACUGGACGGACACUCAAGUCAUUCAUUGUUCUUUUUUUGACUGUUUUGUAGAGAAAGUCUGUGAUUGCUGUGAGCUUCAUAGCAGCGUUCCUCUUCCUGCUGGUUGUGCGCCUUGUAAAUGAAGCAAAUUUCCCGUUGCUACUAAACUGCUUCGGACAACCUGGUACAAAGUGGAUACCAUUCUCCUACACAUACAGGCAGCCCCUUCGAACUCACUACGGAUACGUAAAUGUGAGAACACAAGAGCCUUUGCAACUGGACUGCAACCUUUGUGCCAUAGUGUCAAACUCAGGUCAGAUGGUUGGCCAGAAGGUGGGAACCGAGAUAGAUCGAUCCUCCUGCAUUUGGAGAAUGAACAAUGCUCCCACCAAGGGUUAUGAAGAAGAUGUUGGUCACAUGACAAUGAUUCGAGUUGUGUCCCAUACCAGUGUUCCUCUUUUGUUAAAAAACCCUGAUUAUUUUUUCAAGGAAGCAAACACUACUAUUUAUGUUAUUUGGGGCCCUUUCCGCAAUAUGAGGAAAGAUGGCAAUGGCAUUGUUUACAACAUGUUGAAAAAGACAGUUGAUAUCUAUCCAGAUGCCCAAAUUUACGUGACCACAGAGAAGCGCAUGAGUUACUGUGACGGAGUUUUUAAGAAAGAGACUGGGAAAGACAGAGUUCAGUCCGGCUCUUACCUCAGCACGGGGUGGUUCACCUUCAUUCUGGCCAUGGAUGCCUGUUACGGCAUUCACGUCUACGGGAUGAUAAAUGACACCUACUGCAAGACAGAAGGGUAUAGAAAGGUCCCCUACCAUUAUUAUGAACAAGGAAGAGAUGAAUGUGAUGAAUAUUUUCUUCAUGAACAUGCCCCAUAUGGAGGACAUAGGUUUAUCACUGAAAAGAAAGUGUUUGCUAAAUGGGCCAAGAAACACAGGAUAAUAUUUACACACCCAAACUGGACAGUGUCUUGA